UCCUUUCUUUCCAUCCAAGGAGCACAUCCGUGAAGGUUUCUUUUUUGCCUUUUUUUUUGCCCCUUCCGCACCUGUUUCUCCUUGGUCUUUCAAGACAUAUAUCCAAACAUCAUAAAACUCCUUGCAUGCGACAAAAGUUUUCUUUUUCGUCUUUUUCUUUCCUUUAGCAUCAUCGCCACAGCUGCCGAUUGAUCUUUUUUUUUUUCUGAAAAAAAAAAUAUUGCACGAAAUUUUUAUUAUAAUUAAACUCAUGGCGCCAAGCGAGACUUCUGUACUCGAUUUUACUUUGUGGUCACCACCUCAGUUUGAUGCCCUGGACUCUUUCGGAGAUGAUUUAAUCCAGCAAUUCGACAGCAAACGUUCGUUGAUACGAGGGGAACUGGAUCUUACACUAGAGGGCCCUGAAUCUGCUCCUCUUUCAUCCUCGAAUGUCUCGGUCGGAGAAAAAGACGUUGGUGAAGACCAUGCCUCGCCGUUGGACAUCAACAAGGAUAAUAUUUAUAUCAGCUGUUUCUCAACCGAAGUUGCCGCCCCAGCGGUAGUGGAACAGAAGCAAGAACCGGUUCCUAGUCCACAAAUCGACGAGGACGAUCAGUCAUCCAUCAAUGAGGAAGUGCACAGUUGCUAUGAAGAACAAGAAUCUGUGGACGAAAGAGAAGAAAAUCAAGCUCCAGUUGAUGAAAGUAUAGUCAAUGAAAGUGCCGUCAAGGCAAAUCAAGGGGAAUAUCAUGAGGAACCUACUCCCUCGUCUACCAAUGCUUCGACUCUUCUUCACCACGGUGCAAACUCCGUAGAAGAGAAUCAGGCUAUGCAAGCCGACCAUGAUUAUGAUGAACCAACAGAAGAGGAUACCGCACCUCCUUACCCCACAGCUGUAGGAGGAAAUGCAGAACCUACCACAGCCAUCACCACCAUUACAGCAAUUGUAGACGAAACACCCACGACACCCACCUUGACUGACUCAACGCCGGUAACGGCCCAGGCUUCACCAACCAAAUCCAAAAAGAACCUGCUACGUAAAUCCUCGGCCUUUCUUCGACAAAAAAUGAUGGCGAAAUUUACGGUGAAGGACCAGGAUGCAACCACACUUCCUCCCCUUUCUGUCUCACCCUUGCCCGUCGAUUUAAGUGGCAAUGGCAUACGACAGUAUCCGCCGAAACCGCUUCAAUACUCUCCCGUCGAUCCACCCUCCGAAGUACUUGAACCUUCCAACCCGGAUCUCGACGUCUCUUCUUCUCACAACCGCCAAUCUAUGCCAGCGCCUAGCAAACAGACGGGCAAUGACUCCCCUGCACUUCGACGAUCGUCGGAACCACUGCUUCAACAAAAGAAACGGCGCUCCUUUUUCCGUUUCUUCACGUCUACAAACAAAUAAUACCCUAAUAUCAUUCCUUUACUUCUGCUCUUGAGUCCUUUUUACUAUUUCUUUCUUGGAUUCCCUUCAUUUUCAUUUUUUUAAGUUAUUUUUU